GCGGUCGACGAUGGAGAGCUGUAACUGCUACGAGUGCACCAUGAGGAAGGUCUCCAUGUACAAUUUACAGAAUGAAGGUAACGAAGUACCGCUGCCCAAAACACCACCAGGGUCACCACCCAGAGGGUUCUGCCAACGUCAACCUCCGUCGCCAGAGCUGUCACCUCUGCAUCAGAUGGCACUCCAGUGGCGUCCAUUUUCACCGCCGUGGAUGCUGGUGGAGAGGCCGCCGACACCACUGUUCAGGUCACCGACACCUCAACCAAAGAGAGAACCGGAGUCUCCCCCACCCUUCAUUCAGUUGGGGACUCCACCCAGGUCGCCUACACCGGUGGAAUGGUUGCCUACAACCCCGCCAGGAAGUCCGCCACGGUGUAGGUCACCGAUACCCAGGGCGCAGUCUCCCGAGCCCAGGGUAGAGGAGAGAGAGCCGGCGGGACCUCCACCAGAGGCGCAGCCACCGCCCGCUCACGGUCGGCGUCGCUGCCAUCGACGGCGGCGCGUAACUUUAAAUUUAACUCUGAAUUUUAUUUUUAAUAAUCAAUAA